AUGAUGCGUCUUACCAUUCUUCUGGCGUUUGAUCUGUGCCUGCUCUCAAUGACAUUGGCUGGCACAAUUUCCUCAGAGGAUAGCGGAAGCUAUGCUGAGGUUCUCUUUGACUCCCUGGACGAAGAGGAGAUUGACAAGGCACAUAAAUUGGCUGAGGAGACUGCAUCGUAUGCGAGCAAGAGCCAUGCUGAGGAGUACUUGGACAACCUGGACGAAGAAGAGAUUGAUCAGGCACGUCAAGUGGGUGCGGAAGCACAUUCAGCAGGUGCAAAGAAGGCCAACAGCACCUCCAGUGCUAUGGGCAAGCGGGAGGCAAGAACAGCUUCAAUGACUGCUCAGUGUUGCAGAAACUCCAGAACUGGACUUUUGAUCUACCGCUACGAGAGUCGCCCCAUGACCCGUGGAGAAGCGCGCCGCAACUGCCGACGGAAUGGUGGAGACUUGGCCAGUCCGAGCAACAUGCAAGAAUUCAUUGUCCUAGAGAAUCUCAUCCGCCCAUUCACAGGCGUUCCUGGUGUCUGGUUGUUCUACAAUGAUUUCAAAACCGAGGGAAGGUUCGUAGAUGUCUCUGGGCGGCCCGCUGUGAUCAACAACUUUCUGGAGGGCGAGCCAAACAACGUGGGUCCGGACGGUGAAGACUGUGUGGAGAUGGAUGGUGGUACUGGCAUGCUCAACGACGUUCCCUGUUCACAAGAACGCCUGUCUGUCUGUCAGUUCAGGAUUCGAUAA